AUGGCAGAAGAGCUCGUGCAGGGCGUGGCGGACGCCGUCGUGGCGUUCUUUGCGAAGGAAGACACGGGACACUUGGUGACGGCGAGCAUCUUGUCCGUGUCUAUCUUGAUGACCAUCGCGCUGUUGAGUCAAGGGUCGACGGACUCUGUGUUCCAGCAUGGGUUUGGGGUCUGGGGUCAACACGCGGCCGCCGAUCGCAUCCAAGGAGAAGAACGCGAGCGGGACGAAGCUGAGAGGGAGAUCUUCCAAGAGUCUAACGUUAGCGGGAAGAGCACCCCCGAAGAAAUCGUCGGCGCUGACCUGUUCUUAGCGACCAAGCUGCCAUGGAUCACAUUGUCGUUGGCGGUGGUGGUCGUAGCUGGCAGUGUGCAUUUCAUUGUGCACUUUGCCGUCAUCUACUCACUUGCUUCUUCCGUCCACAACUCAAGAACUACAAUGGGAUUAUUUGGACAGUAUCCGUCGGCGCUGUCGCAGGUGCUGCUCGUGUCGUUCACUUGUUUUUGCGGCCCUGGUCUGUACAACGCCCUCAGCUCUGUGGCCGCGGGUGUGUCUGAUGAAACCAUCGCGUACAACGCGUCGGCGGUCCUGUACGCUUGCUUUUCCUUGUCAGGGCUGUUCGCGGGGGGUAUUGUCAACGUGAUCGGGCCCAAGUGGACACUCGCUAUCGGGGCGUCGGGUUACGUUUUGCUAUCGGCUUCGUUGCUCGUCAUGGACAAAGGCUUGGACGUCGACACAAAGACGUACUCGGACGGCGCGACCAACUUCUUUUAUGCGGCUAAUGCGAUUCUGGGCGUGUGCGCGGGAUUCCUCUGGACUGCCCAAGGCCAAAUGUGCAUGGCGUACCCGACCGUGGAGACCAAGGGCACAUACUUUUCCUACUUUUGGAUCCUCUUCAACCUCGGGGGAACCUUGGGGGGACUCAUCACGUUCGGAACCAACUUUGACAACAACGGCGGCGUGUCAGCUUCCACAGCCACAUACGUUGUGUUCCUCGUGCUCAUGACGCUGGGCGUGAUCUCGGCUUUGUUUGUGGCGAAUCCGGAGAACGUCGUGCGCAACGAUGGGUCAAGGGUCACGGUGGAGCACCUGCCCAACCCCGCGACUGAAGUUUUCGAAACGUUCAAGCUGUUCCUGGACCCCAAGAUGCUCCUCCUAUUCCCCCUCUUUGCCUACUCCAACUGGUUUUACAACUACCACACGUUCUACAACUCGUCCAUUUUCAACAGUCGCACGGGGGGGUUUUCGUCGGCGUUCUACUGGGGCGCCCAGAUGCUUGGGGCGUACGUCAUCGGCGUGUACCUGGACCGCCCCGGCAACAAAAAGGCCAAAGCGCUGCAGUCCAUCAUCGUCUUGACCGUGCUCAUCUUUGUCAUGUGGGGCGUCGGGCUGUAUGUGCAGAUUGACUUGGACUUGGGCCUGAAGGAGAAGAAGAAGAACCUAGACUUGACCGACGGCCCGUUCGUGAUCAAGUUUCUGCUCUACUUUUUCUACGGAUUCAACGACUCGAUCUGCCAGGUCUGGGCGUAUUGGCUCAUGGGCCAGUUCUCCGACAACUUGGCGACCUUGGGUCGGUAUGCCGGAUACUACAAGGCCGUCCACCAACGUCAUCGUCAACUGGGUCCUCGCAACCGUUGGAAUCGUGGGGGCGUACCUGUCGGUCCGGAUUUACAUGGUCAACUCCCCCGCCUCUGGGGACUUUGA